AUGCCCUGGCGCCCCCUCCACCCCACCGACCUCCCCGCCCUAACAACCAUCGCCAACCAAAUCCACCAAACCCUCCCGGAGCGCCCGGAGAUCUUCGCCGAGCGCAUCCGCCUCUUCCCGGCAGGCUGCUGGGCCCUGACCCUAGCCCCCGAACCCGAAACCCAAGCCGGGAACGAAGGCCAACUAGUCGGCUACGCGAUCUCGCACCCGAUCCGCGCGGGCCAGCCGCCGGCGCUGGACACGCUGCUGGGGCGGAUCGCGCCGGAUGCGGACCAGUAUUACAUCCACGAUGUGGCGGUCCUCCCGGGGGUGCGCGGACGGGGGCUUGCGGCGGAGGGGGUGCGUCGGCUGCUGGAGGUAGCGGGGCGGUAUGAGAGUACGGGGUUGGUGUCGGUGUACGGGACGGAAGAGUUUUGGGGACGGUUUGGGUUUGGGGUUGCGGAGGUGGGGGAGGAGUUGGCGGGGAAGGUGCGCGGGUAUGGCGGGGAGGCGGUUUUUCUUGUUAGGAGGAAUGGGGAGGGGGUGGGGAGUAGAGGGGUUUGUUUGAUGUGA